AUGGGCAAGGGCAAGAAGAAGCAGUCAAAGAAAAACCACAAGCGCAAGCAGAACGGGGCACCCGUCCCAACGUCCGAGGACCCCGUAGCGCCCGCCUCCAACCACAGUCUUAAUAGUAACGGGUCAGGAAAGGGUGGGAAUCCACUAUCUAACGAUGCAGCCAAGCGUCUGGACCGCAACAAGCAGCGAGCGAUCAUCAAGCGUCUUAUGACGCAGGCGGAUGAACAAGGGCUGCAGAUGGGGGACAAGCGCUUUGUGCUCUCAGCCAAGUGGUGGGAGCGCUGGUGUGAAUUUGUAGGCUAUGACGACAAGCAGGACAUACCCGCGACAGGGGCAGGUAACCCUGCACCCAGCCGUAUCAACAAUCUUCCUCUGCUUCAUGUCGGCUCGGACACGUCUCUGGAUGAGCUUAUGGGUGGCCCUCUGCGACCACAACUGAAGGAAAACUACCAUUACGUGCUCCUUCCGCAAGAAGUUUGGGAUGCACUUCUCAUUUGGUACAGUGGAGGACCGACCAUCGCUCGGUUUGUCGUGCAGGUCGGAGAUCCGGAGCUAGGCAACGCUUUCAACCGUGUGCAAGUCUAUCCGGAACAACCUGAAGAUGCAGAGCCUGAGGCUACAACAAAUGGCACGAAAGACAGCUCGAUGCAGAAGAUCGAUGCAAAUGGCAAGAAUGACGACUCGGCAGAUGGAGCCAAGCUUGCUGUACAGCGUAAACCUGCUGCUGUAUCGUGUUCGAUACCCAAAAUCUGUGGAGCCUGCAGGAAACCCACGGGCUCGCUGAAGCGAUGUGGAAGUUGCCAGUUAAUUUGGUACUGCGGUGCGAACUGUCAGAUGUCGCACUGGAAGUAUCACAAGGGCGUGUGCCGCUCGACUCUUACAGCGGAAGAGAAAGAGGACGACAUUUUGCAGGGCUUGCAAGCAGAACGACGAGGGAAAAUGGGUCUUCGCAACCUGGGAAACACGUGCUUUAUGAACUCGGCACUGCAGUGUUUGAGUCACGUGGAGUUGUUGACGCGCUAUUUCCUGAGCAAUCGGUACAAGAAGGACUUGAAUCGUGACAAUCCGUUAGGAACGGGUGGAAAUCUAGCCGAGGAGUACGACGGUUUACUGAAGGAGCUGUGGUUCGGUACUGUGCCCAGCACGUCGCCUGCCAACUUGAAGCGAGCUAUCAGUCGCUUUGCGCCGCAGUUCUCUGGUUUCCAGCAGCAUGAUGCGCAAGAGUUACUUGCAUAUAUCAUCGAUGGCUUGCAUGAAGAUCUCAAUCGCGUCAAGCACAAACCUUAUACUGAAGUGAACGAGUCGGACGGCUCGCAAGACGACGCUGCGGUCGCGAAGGAAGCGUGGCAACGUCAUCUACUGCGCAACGACAGUAUCUUUGUGGAUCAUGUUCAGGGCCAGUUCAAGUCCACGGUCGUGUGUCCGAUUUGCAACAAGGUGUCGAUCACUUUCGACCCGUUUAACUGUAUCCAGCUUGAGUUACCUCAACAACAGAACCGCCAGAUUGAGGUCAUUUUCGUCCCAAGUGAGUCUGCCAAGUCCAUGACGCGGUAUCUCGUCGACGUGCCCAAGAAGGGAAGUGUUCUUGUACUGAAACGGGCACUGAGCAAACUGUGCGGCGUCAGUCCCAGCUCCUUGUUGGCGGCAGAUAUUUACCAGUCCAUGACCUAUCGCAUUAUUGGAGAUACCGAGCGAGUACACCGAUUUCGAGAAGAUGAUCGCAUUCUCAUGUACCAGGUAGACGUCAAGCCAACCGAAGAGCCCGUGCAGUAUGGAUUUCUGUAUCACCGAGUGGGGUCCACUUUGACAGGCGAUCCGCUGCUCUUCACGUACACUGCGUCAACUACUUGUGCGGAGAUGCUGGCAACGUGGAGCGAAUUGUUGAAUACUCACGUAUCGCAGUCGUCGAGUGCGAAGAUCCCGACCAAUAUGCUGUCUCAAUGCGUGUUUCUUACAGACCGCGACGGCAUCUUGUUGCGCAAUGAGCCUGUUCCUCCAGCUGCCGACUCGAAGUUUCUGGAUUUUGCCACGCUUCACGGUGAGGAAUUGCCGGACGAGUUAGUGUUCGUCUCGGUCGCCUGGUCACCAUCGAUGUUGUCAUCGUCGGCUUCUCCCCGACCGGACGUCGAGCGGAUUGUCAAUCACGAGAGUAUGCGCGCUAAGUCGAGUGGAUCUCGUGGACACGACGGUAUUUCUCUGGACGAUUGUUUCCGGAACUUUGUCAAGCCGGAGACGCUCGACCAGGCCAAUUUGUGGUACUGUAGCAAGUGCAACGAGCACCGACAAGCACGCAAAACCAUGGAGAUGUGGCGGCUACCAGACGUGCUAGUGCUUUCGCUCAAGCGGUUCGAGUAUCGCAAUGAAAUCUUGCGCGACAAGUUGGAUGUGUACGUGGACUUCCCGCUGGAGGGUCUAGACAUGUCCCCGUAUUGUCUCGAGAAGAGCGACGACAAGGACCAUCUUAGCUACGACCUGUUCGCCGUGAGCAAUCACUAUGGCAGUAUGGGCUUCGGUCACUACACCGCAUUUGCCAAGAGCUGGCAGGACGAAGGCGAGAUGUAUCCGGGCUGGUACUCGUUUGACGACAGUCUGGUGGCGCCAGCGAUGCCCAACCAGGUCAAGUCCAACGCAGCAUACAUUUUGUUCUACAAACGCAAGAACCUCCAGGUGGAGCCAACUCGUAGUAACAAGACUAAACAGAGUUAG